CUGAGGCUCACAGAGCAUCAGUGAGGGGAGCACCUUGCCCUGAUCGUCAGACGGGAAACAGCUCCUCCCCGCUUCCCUCCUGUCUGCCACGCAAAUCUGAGGCUGUGGCGUGGCCACGGCGCUCCUCCUGUACACAGCCUCGGAGACAGAGCAGAGUCAUCUGCUUUGAAUAAAUAAGCUCUCCGUUCUGGUAGCUAGUUGUCUGCUCGCUUCCGAACGAGUCAGUGAUGACAGUGACCGUGGGAAGGGACGGACGCUUUUCUUCUGCUGGGACCGGCGGUGCGCAGGAGCGCGCUCCGGCAUUCAGCAUAAUCUACAUCCUCCGCUCCUGCGAUCAACCCCAACCCGAGAGAUGCGCUCAGAUCAGCACCAAACCCUCCGUAAGAGAUGUACUACAGACUGUCAAUGAUUUUUCCUCCUCCAGUUGAAAUUCAAAAGCAGGGAAAGUCUGCAUUUCUAACUGCUCCUGUUCCUACUCAGCUCUGACAGACACAUCUCUUCCACAGCUAAACUGCUGUCUUAGUUGUCCUUCUGUGUGGCGGUCUCCACUCAUCAGUCCUUCCCUAUGGCUUCCUUUAUGGUAUCAUUGCUUCUGCUGGUUCUCCAGAAAUAUGCUACCCCAUCUGAGCUUGUUAAGGCAAGCUUUGAUACAACCCUGGAUGCCAUAGUCCUUGAUCCAGUACUAGCAGCCAAUGUCUCUGAGGAUGCAACUUCAUCCCCACCCCCAGGAACAAGCAAACGGACCCCACAUAGCAUAAUUAUUGGGGUACGAAAAGGGGGCACCAGAGCACUGUUGGAGAUGCUGGACAUACACCCCGAGGUCGCUGCGGCUGCCACAGAGGUGCACUUCUUUGACUGGGAUGAGAACUACGCUAAGGGUCUUGAGUGGUACCGUGAUCUCAUGCCCUACUCUUACACUCAUCAGAUCACGAUAGAAAAAACUCCAGGUUACUUUACGUCACCUCUCGCUCCAGAACGCAUUUGUGCCAUGAACUCAUCAAUAAAACUGCUGCUGAUUUUGCGAGACCCAGCUGAGCGGGUGAUCUCUGACUACACCCAGGUGUAUUUCAACCGGCUGGAGAACCACAAACCAGUCCAAGCCAUUGAGAACCUGCUAGUACGCAGUGGAUCCCUAAAUAUACGCUAUAAGGCUAUUCAGAGGAGUCUGUAUGAUGUUCAUAUGCGCAACUGGCUGAAACACUUCCCCCUGGAGCAGAUACACAUAGUAGAUGGGGAUGCUCUGAUCCAUGACCCCCUGCCAGAGCUUCAGAAGGUGGAGCGUUUCCUGAACCUGGCUCCUAGGAUAGUAUCUUCCAACUUCUACUUCAACCACACCAAAGGGUUUUACUGCAUCCGGAGCGAUGGACGGGAGCGGUGUCUGCACGAGUCUAAAGGACGUCCUCACCCUUCUGUUAACAACACUGUUCUGGAGCAGCUUCGCUCCUACCUACAGGAACAUAACCAGCACUUCUUCAGGAUGGUGAAGCGCACCUUCAGCUGGCAAUAAGAACCAUUCAUCACAAACUGGACUCUGUGGAGCCACUACUUGAGGACGAAGGAAACAGCACUUUACACAUACAUGAAGAAAAUCCCUUGAGGAGCCGGUUAUUGAAUACCUUUGUGAUUCGAUUUCAGCAAAACAGUUCUAUAUUUACACAAUGAAGAUAAAUAAGACAAAAAAACUGUAAUUACAGUCAAAGGUUUAAAGAGCCUUCAGGUUUAAGUUAUUUCUUUCUGUCCUGGAAGCAUAUAGUGUGUGGGAUAGCAGUGGAAACGAGUUAGCGAAACUGAUUAACUUUUGCCUGACUUUCAUUGUUUGAUAUUCUUCUUGUUCUUACUAAUAAACUAUUGUUUUAAAACGUA